AUGGCAGAAUGGUGGUGGCUUUGGUGGGUAUCUCUGACUGUAGUGGUGGCCUUGAUGUUCACGACUCCUGCAGUUCCUGCACAUCCUGACCGACGGAAGAAGAUACUGGCAGAGAAGACCAGACAGCUGAUGACUUGGACCAAGAAAAACAGAGUGAUAAAAAUGAAUGAUGCCACAUUCAGUCAUUUUGUAUUAGAAACACCACGAAACUACUCUGUUAUUGUGAUGUUUACUACUCUCCAGUUUAGCUCAUGUGUAAUAUGCCAACCUGCUGCUGAAGAAUUUCAGAUCUUGGCAAAUUCCUGGCAAUUCUCCAAUGCAUUCGGCAACAAGGUAUUUUUUGCUAUGGUGGAUUUUGAGGAAAGCCCUGAGAUCUUUAAAAUGCUCCAGUUGAUGUCAAUUCCAUGUUUCCUCCACUUUUCUGCUAAAAGGACAUUUACACCAGAUGACAUUUAUCAUUUGGAAGAAAGGGGUAUCACAGUGCAGCAAAUGUCUGCAUGGGUAGCUGAGAGAACCCAGAAAAGGAUGGUCAACAUCAAAGUCAGAGAGCAUGCACAUAAUUACUAUCUCUUCAAGUUAGGGGUAUCUUUGGCUCUCAUUGGUGGAAUUGUGUAUGUAUUGAAAUGGAAUAGGAAAUUUAUUUUAAGCAAAAAUUUAUGGGCCAUUUUAGUUCUGUGUUUUGUGAUCUUGAUGACUUCUGGUCAAAUGUGGACUUAUAUAAAAGGAGCCCCAUAUGCUCAAAGCAAUCCUCACACAGGACAUACCCAUUAUAUUCAUGGAGUGAGUUUCUCUCAGUUCGUGGCAGAAAUGUACAUCGUUUCUCUGUUUCAUAUGUCCAUUACCCUGGGAAUGGUGCUCUUAGAUGAAGCUGCCACUUCUCGUGUGAACAUUAUAAAGAGGAAGAUAAUGUCCAUAGUCGGUAUGUGUCUAGUUUUAAUAUUCUUCAGUUGGCUGCUCUCUCUCUUCAGACUUAAAGAACCUAACUAUCCAUUCCGCAUUCUCAUGGAUUAA